UCAAAAUUGCUAAAUAAUUGUUUAGUUUCAUUUUAUAAUUUUUACAGUGUACACUUACAUUCUACAGUGUAAAGUAAACAUUACCGUGCAGUGUACAUUUUACAGUACCGUACAGUUAGAAACCAAUACAGCAACUAGCAAUUCAGUGCAGAGCGCAUAAUAAAAAGGUUUAAAGGGAAUGGGAGGAGUGUUGAGCUACCACCGAAGACGAAGCCACAUAGAACUGGCAGAUUUUGACUUUAGAACCAAAGACCAUGAAAUCGUUGAGGUUGUCAGAAACAAAGAUGGGAUCGAAGCUGUAGAGCAUUGCGAUGAUGGUCUGGUGAGUGAGCUUGUGAUCUGUGAACUAGGAGUAGAUAUUACUGAUUCAAUAUCAGGAUAUGUGAGUGUGGAUCUUACAGGGUUCACCAAAGAUCUGAGGUUUACGCAGAGUUACCCAACAAACCUCAGCUAUACCUAUGGAGUCCAUAAGUGUGGGUCCAGGUUUGGAAACCAAAUUAAGCCAGGCAAGAAACAAAACCAGUCAACCCGUACCAAUAGAAAAAUGAAUCUUAUCCACCAAGGAAGCCAAACAGUGAUAAAUCAAUCAGAGCUGGAUUUCAAACUAAUGUUAAGUCAUUCUGAUACUCAAGUUCCUCACUUAAACUAUGUUAACUUGGUCAAAAACAUCAACCCCGAAACCCUAUUCUCAGUACAUCAAUUAAAUGUUAACCCAAAAUAUUGCAAUAACUCAGAGCACCAUGAUAACCUGAAUAAUCAUGAUAACUUAAAAAAUCAUGAUAACUUGAAAAAUCAUGAUAACCUGAAGAAUCAUGAUAACCUGAAGAAUCAUGACAACCAGAAGAAUCAUGAAAACCAGAAGAAUCCUGAUAACCUGAAGAAUCAUGAUAACCUGAAGAAUCAUGAUAACCUGAAGAAUCAUGAUAACCUCAAGAAUCAUGAUGAUCUAAAGAGUCAUGUUAGCUUUAAAAAUCAUGAUAACCUGAUGAAGAAUCAUGAUAACCUGAAGAAUCAUGAUAACCUGAAGAAUCAUGAUAACCUUAAGAAUGAUGAUAGCCUGAAGAACCAUGAUAGCCAGAAGAAUCAUGAUAAUCUGAAGAAUCAAGAAAACCUGAAGAAUCAUGAUAACAAGAAGAAUCAUGAUAACCUGAAUAAUAAUGAUAACCUGAAGAAUCAUGAUAACCUAAAUAAUCGUGAUAACCUGAAGAAUCAUAAAAACCAAAAACAUCAUGAUAACCCGAAGAAUCAUGAUUAUCUAAAAAAUCAUAUGAAUCUGAUGAAUUAUGACCACCUGAUGAAUCAUGAUAACCUGAAGAACCGUGAUUACUUAAUGAAUCAAGAGAACCUGAGGAAAUAUCAUGAUAACCUGAAUAAUUAUGAUAAUCUGCAGAAUCAUGGUAACAUUAAGAAUCUUGAUUAUCUAAAUAAUAAUGAUAACACAAAGUAUCAUGCAAAUCAUGAGAAUUAUGGUAACAAAAAAAGCCAAGUUGUCAUUGAGAAUACUGCUGAUUUCGAGGAGCACAUAAGCCAGGAAUCCCACUGUAAGUUGAUUGACUCUAUUUUCCUGGAUCAAAAAAGAAACAAUCUAUGGGAUCCAUCCAACUUGUUGUCCAACUUGGAAAAGUUCACCUCAAUUCAUGCGCACCAUUGCAACUAUUCAAAUCAGCAAAACAACCUAAACUGGGAUAUCCAAGAAAAAGAUGAGAUGAAUUUCAGCUCAGAUGAUACUGAAUAUGGUAUUGACAGUGUGAACAUAGAUAUUGGUAUGAAUGAUGAGAAGGGUAAACUGGAACCUGGAGGUUAUGAGAAUAGUGAUCAGGGAGUUCAGAUGAAAUACAUGACACAGGAAAACAUGGCGAACCAGUGGUUACCAAGAACACCUCAACCAUGUAAGGACACUGUGCAGUUUUGGCAGACCUUGAUACCUGCUGAUCUUGAAACAAGAAGAGUACAGGGUUACAAAUUUUGCUAUGAAAAAAGAAGAUUUGUAUGCCGGCCAUUUUGCAACAAACUACUGGAGUGGAUUAAGUACCGGUUGAAAGGACAAAAUAUAUUGAGCUGCUUGUAGAAGAUUUUACAUUCACCAAUAUUUUUCAUUUUCAAUGUUUAAACAAAAGAUAGUUCUAUUUUAAAUCUAAAUUUGUUUUGUUUUCUGUUUGCCUUUUGAGGUGAUUUAUUUUACCUAAUUUUUGGGUCAACGAAAUUUGUUCAAUGGUUUACAGAACUACAGUCGUCCCCGUAUAUCUCAAUACAAUGAAGACGACUUUCGGUUUCGAUUUCUAGUAAGCUUUCAAGCAGCAUGAAUACACAGAAAAAUGGAAACAAAAAACAGCUGUCAAAGAACAGCUUCUUUUUGUUUACUUGUAACCUUUUAUUUGAAAAAAAAACUUGUGGAAAUUGAAACUUAUUAGAACAAAAGUCUUUAUUGUUAUCGCCGUUUACUUUAACGGCCCUUGUAAAUAGUAAUUGUAAAUAAGUCUUGCUAAUAUCUUUUUUAUUUUGAGUAUUUUAUUUGACUAUUAGAAUAAACAUUGUAUUAGAAAAUACAAACACAUACUCAUUAUAUUAUAUUAUAAAUAUGCAUAUUUUUUAUAUAUAGUGGAACAUGAGUGGAACCCAUUAAUCUGUGGAAUAGGACUACAAAUUUUAGACUAAAGUUAAGAUCUUGAUAAAAAAUUCUAAUGGAUUUUAAUAUAUUUAGUAUAACAACAUGAAAAUAAAUAUCGUCUUUUUAUUACAUGUUUUUGGGUUCAUUUGUACAUAUAUUUUAUAUAUAAUACAUUUUAUUAUGUUAAACAUGUUAAUAAUCUUCUUAAUAUAUUUUUCUGAAAUAUUUAUAUUAAUUAAAACAUGUAUUUAAUAUGCCUCCGCUGGGUGAUUAACCUUGCUAAAUGUUUUAAUGAUUUUUAAUGACUCACGAAAGCAUUAGAUAUUUUGUACAUACUUGAAGUGUCAACUUUUACCUAAAUAUUAAAAAGAUGAAGGUCAAUAAAUAUCGAUAAAUAUGUUUAUCGUCCAAGAAUGUCAAUAUAUUUAUUUUGUAAAUAAUUUCAAUUUUCUAAAUAUUUAUAAAUUGUAAUUCUAGAUCUAUCGUGAGAAUUUGUUUAUCAUUCAAUA